AUGUCAUUCGGUUUGGGCACCGUCAAAAGAUCCCUACAGGCUGCUGUUACUAGACUCGUCAAAGCCAACGUAAGCGGAGCCGUUUUGGCCAUAGGCGAUGGUGCUAACGACGUUGCUAUGCUACAAGAAGCCGACGUCGGUGUUGGAGUGGCAGGACAAGAGGGUAUGCAGGCCGCAUUGGCUUCAGAUUACACCAUCACGCAGGUUCGGAAUUCCUAA